GGUGAAAUUUGGUUUUAGUACAGUGCGAUGGAUGACGUUGCGUCGGUGAAAAUAGAAAAUGCAAAUUUGCGGAAAAUUCAGAAUAAAUUGCUGCAAUGGGAUGUAUCAGACAAUCCCUUGGCCCCUCUGACAUCCGUUCAGAAAGAUGUCAUCUACAGUUUAUCCCUACCUCCAGAGGAAGAUUCUGGGGUAGCAAAGGAGCUCCAGAGGGAAGAAGAAGUGGUACCAGGAGACUUUCUUAGUGAUUCACUGAGAGAAAUUGAGAGUGGGAGCGAGUCUAUAGACACAUUCCGAAAGUUUCUAUCGUGGUGUGAUCGAGUGAAUGAUGAGAUCCUGGAUGAAGAGGAUUCGCAUCAUCGGGACUUUCUGCAGCAUCUGAAGGAGCGCAGGGAUGAUUGUGAUGUGCUAUUGGAGCAGAUUAAUGGAACCCUGCAGAGUUUGAAGCAACUCGAGGGUGAAUUUCAAUUUGUGUCCACGAACACAAGUUCCCUGCACACAGCCAGUGAGAAACUUAUUGAAGAUCAGGAGCGACUCAGUGGAUUGGAUGGGGAGAUAAGGCAGAGACUUCAGUAUUUCACCCAGUUAGAUACCAUUUCGCAGAAACUGCAGAACCCAACGCUCUCAGUGCUUGGAGACAAUUUUGCUGAGAUCCUCAACAAAUUGGACGAGAGUGUUGAGUAUCUCGAGAAUCAUCGGGAUUUCAAGGAUUAUGGUCAGUACAUGGGCAAGUGUAGGCAAUGUCUGGCGAAGGUGGUACAGAUGAUGCGAAGUCAUGUGAUAAAUGUCCUCAGUACGGCCACAGAGCAAGUUCUGGCUCCCAAAAAAGCUCCGGAAGGUGCUAAGCCACGUGAACAUACCUCAGACACUGCUUUUGCCCUCUUCUACGGAAAAUUCCAGGCAUCAGCACCAAAAGUGAAGCGUGUGACCAAUUUAAUUGAUCAAAGACGAAAUCGAUGUCCGGAAUACGAGAGUCUCCUGCAGGAUCUUCAUGAGUUUUACCUCUCGCAGAGGCGAGUAGUGAUGUAUCCGGGAGUUGGAGCAGCUCUUCAGGACCUCACAGCAACUCAUCGAGGAGAUCACUGUGCCCUGGUGCGAGCAGCAUGUGCCUUCCUGGUUCAUGUCUGCCAGGAUGAACAUCGACUCUUUCUGCACUUCUUUCCCAGUCAUUCCCGCGAAAUGAAUGGCUUCCUCGAUUCCCUCUCCCUCCAACUCUACGACACUCUCAGACCCUUCGUGGGGCAGAUUGCUCACCUGGAGACCCUAGCUGAACUCUGCAGUAUCCUGAGGACAGAGAUGUUGGAUGAACAUGUUCAUCACAGCCCGGAUUCUUUGGCUCCAUUUGGGCGAGUCAUCAAUCAACUCCUGCACGAUGUCCAGGAUAGGCUAGUUGUCCGUGCCAGGCAUUAUAUUCAAUCCGACAUUUUGUACUACAAGCCAUCAGCAGGCGAUUUAGCCUAUCCGGAUAAACUGGAAAUGAUGGAGAGCAUCGCUCUGUCUCUCCAAGAAACCCCUCCAUUCCUUCAGCGGGCGGAUUCACGUGCAUCAAUGUUCUCCAUGACAUCACAGGAGGUCGAUUCGAUCAAUUCACAGGCUGAAAGCCAGAUGCGUUCCCGGACAGGAAAUUCUCCAGCUGAUUUGCAUGGGAUGUGGUAUCCAACAGUUCGGAGGACUCUGGUGUGUUUAUCUCGCUUGUAUCGUUGCGUAGAUCGACCGGUAUUUCAAAAUCUUUCCCAGGAAGCUCUAACCUAUUGCAUCCAAUCCGUUUCUGCAGCAGCCAAUCUCAUUCAGCAACGCAAAACCAAUCUCGAUGGGGAACUUUUUGAGAUAAAACAUUUGCUGAUUCUCCGGGAACAAAUAGCACCGUUCAGAGUGGAUUUUAUUGUUAAGAAGACCAGCUUGGACUUUAGCAAGAUGAAGACAGCUGCCUAUGGAUUGAUUCAGAAGCGAGGACAGCUUUUUGCUUUUGGCAGCAAUAAUGCUCUGCUGGAGUUUCUGCUUGAGGGAACGCCACAGGUGAAGGAGCAACUUCUGGACUCCCGGAAAGAUGUCGAUAGGCAUUUGAAGAGUGUCUGCGAGAUUUUCAUACGGGAUGCUACGCAUCUUCUAGUGGGUAAUGUUUUGACUUUUGUCGAUUCCAUGACCCAAGCACUAGCCAAUCAGCCGGCUGAGGCUAAACAUCCCGAGAUGGCGCCUCCACAUGUUGGUCAAAUUGUCCAGGAGGCUCAGAAGAAUAUCAAAUUGAAACUUAGUGGACUUCAGAGAGCCAUGCAGUUGUAUUUGGCUAACAAAGAUACCGAAUUCAUCCUCUUCAGGCCCAUUAGGAACAAUAUCAUUGGGGCUUUUGUGAAACUGGAGCAGUUCUUGAGCACGAUAGGGAAAUUUUCAAAGGAAGAUCUUGCCAUUGCAGCAUGUCCUUCUGCAGAUCAAAUUUCUGUUCUUCUGAGUGCCAGUGUUCUAGCAGAAGGUGGUUCGGGAACUAAUGUUAGUGCUCCCAGUAGGAAAUCCACCUCAUCAUCCGUGGAAAAUGAGAAAAUCCAGGAAGAAAUGUUGAAAACAUCUCCAGAAAAAACCGAGACAGAAUUGCAAUAAACAGAUGCUUUUAUUCUUA